AUGCACUCUGCCGAUCGAAUGGGUCUGCCCGACAAGUGGGACCCUGAAUUUGAGGAGGUCGGCAAGCUUAGUCUGGACGAAAUUUAUCAAGCGCUGAGUCGGCUCGAUGCUUUUGAGCGAUAUAUAAGUUCGAAGCAAGGAGACGAUGGUCCUGACAAUCCCGACAAGGAAGUUAAGGAUGAUACCGAUGCUGGGAAGAAUAGUGAGGACAACCCAGAGACGCGAAAGAAGACUGUACUCUGGGACAUCAACACACGCCGCAUCGCACUUCGAGCUGGGGCAAUGAAGCUUUCACGCGCGAAGAUCCGACCAUAUACAAUAGUUGAUUUGCCUGCCGAUAUUCUGCUUCAGAUUUUUGGUUACUUCCAGGACGCAAGGAUCAAACGACUGGCCCAAAUUGACUGGAGAUCGCUACCCAGGGGCUGUGAAGAAGAUAUUGCCCAUAGGACUGCCCGCGAGACGAUCCGGCAAAUCCGCCUGGUCUGUAGCCUGUUCAACGACCUGGCGUCUCCGCUGUUGUGUCCGAUCCUCCGCGUAGAUCUUGACCAGGUAUCGCUGAAUGGGGCGGUCGAGUUGUGCAAACGUCCCCGGAUAGCUCAAGGUGUGCAUGCCAUUCAAGUCGGGCUGCAAUAUCGUCCGGAAGAGCUUGUCUCAGACUGCCCUCGUUUCAAGGACUAUUGCAAGCAGCAAUUGUAUGAAGUGGCCGAUCGCUACUGCCCGCCGCAGCUGAGGGAAUAUCGGGAAGCGAAACGCAAUUACGACAAAAUCUGUCGCUCGUGGGACGCCUAUUUUGACUCCGACGAGAGUGACCAGAAUGACGCUGUCGCCGAAGCAGAGGCGGAUGAGCACAUGGAGAUCUUCGUCCGAGGCUAUAAUGAAUACUGCAAAAAGCAUGAAGAGCAGCUACAGCUCAUCACCAGUGGAUCCUUCGUCACCACGCUUGCAUCUUGUAUCUCCCAACUGCCCAACACGAUAACCCUGGGCUUCACCGACGAAAUGGAACCACUCUAUGAUCGGGAUAACCCGACAGUUCUACUGAGAGACACGAGUUUGCUUCCCGGAAUGAUGAGCGCAGCGCUAGAGUGGGAAAAGAUCGACGAUUUGCGCCAUGGCAAUUAUCGCUUACUUACGCGCGAUGCCAAACUUAUGCCUGCCAGGCUCUUGUUCGACCUGCCGGUUGCCAUCCACAAAGCCGGAAGCAAGCUGAGGUAUCUUGAUCUUGGACCGUUCCCAUGGCGGGGCAGCUUUUCUCUGCUCUGUCCCGAUAGUGUGAGCAAUCCCACCGAUCCAGCAGCAUGGUCGGAUCUUCGAGCGGCGUGCAGCAGCCUCUGGAGAGUCGAUUUCGGAAUGAACUACCACAACCUUCGCAUCCGCCACGAGCCCCUCCGACCGGAAGAAAAGUACUAUGUCGACCAAUACCUCAACACAGUACUUUGCAGUGCAGAUCUGAAAACUGUAUGGUUGGACUUGCGUUCGUUUGGCCUUAAUGAUGGCCGCACCACGAAAGAGGGCUGGUACGAUAUAGGUCUUGUCCUUAGUGCUGUCAAUUGGCCACGCGUCGAAGAUAUAACGAUUUCGGAAGUCUCUGCGAAGCAAGAUGAGCUGGAAAGAUUUUUCUCCGGGCUGGCACCCUCAACGCGGCGCCUUUCAUUGUCCACUAUACACCUUUUGGACGGCAGCUGGGAAGGGAUUCUGCGUACAUUAGACGAGAGGGUGCGGACUACGUUCCGUGAACAGAAUGUCAGUGUGUAUUUAAGUCUUCUGACCGGGGGAGAGUUUGGAGAGAUAGAGAUCAGGGAAAGACCCCUUCCCUUAGGGUUCGAGGACUCGGAUGACGAGGUGGAGCCGCCCAAACCACCUCCUGUGGCAGGGGAGUUGUUGAAGAAGAAAUACGCUUCGUUGUUCUCUCCUUGGUGGAUGUGACACUGUCACGG